AUGGCGAUGCGUCCCACCCUCUUCACCCGUGGUCUCUCCGGGCUUUCGCAGAGCAUCGAUCCCAACUCGCCGAGCGUUUCGAGCAGCGUUUCGUCCCCGGCCGAGCAGCGCGACGAUGCUAAGCGCAACUUCCUCAAGGCCAUGCGCCCGCUGCCGACGCAGCACUAUUGGAACGUCUGGUUCGACCGCCAGGCCAAGGACCAGCAGCAGCAGCAGCAGUCCAAGACCAACGGAGAAGGCGAGUACACGGCGCAUCUCGAGCAGCUGGGCACGCAGAUCGAGAGCGUCCAGGACUUUUGGCGCUACUGCAACAACACGCCCGUCGACCAGAUCAAGAUGCGUGAGAGCAUCUACCUGUUCAAGGCCGGCUUCAAGCCCAUCUGGGAGGACCGCCGCAACAUUCUAGGCGGGAGUUGGACCUUCCGCGUGCCCAAGAACAACGGGCCGGAAGUGUGGAAACUGGUGCAGCUGUUGGCGAUCGGGGAGAAGCUGCAGAGCGUGCUUGAAGAGGGCGACCAAAUAUGCGGUGUUGGCCUCUCUGUCCGCUUCAACUCGCACCUCAUCUCCAUCUGGCACCGCGACGCAUCAAAGCAAAAGUCGAUUGACGCCAUGCUCCAAUGCGUACUCGAAGAACUACCGGCCGAGCUGCAACCAAAACCGGACAACUACUUUUACAAGAAGCAUUCCGAUCAUGCGGGGUUCAAGGUACCGCCCGAGCUACAAGCCGUGGUAGACUCGCAGAAGGCCAGGGAGGCCGCUGCGAAGGCGGCAGCCCAGCAGCAGAUCGUUGGGGGUGCUGCCGAUCAGGCACCGAAGCCCGAUAUUGUUGAGGUGCCGCCAUCGGGGGAGAAGUGA